GAAUCAAUUUUUUGUCUUCCGUUUUGAUUCGAAAAUCGCAUGUGGGUCGUGUUUCUGCUGCUGCUGACAAAUUUGGACUCUGAAUUGCCUUUAAUUAGCUUUUCAUUUUCACAAGUCCAUUUCUUUUUAGUCUCUCUGUUUCCUGCUUCUCUCUCAUUCUCUUUCUCCGCACUUUCUUUCCUUUUUUAACUUAAAAUCUCCACUAUCUUCCCAAAUCCCAUUUCGUUCUUAAUCACAUUGUACCAUAUCUAGCAUUUUUCCAAGCCCAUUUCUUCUUCCUAUACAAUCUUCUGAUUUUCAACUCUUUUUUUUUUUUUUUCCCCCACCAUGGCCAAAUCAGAAGCUUCUAAUGCCGGGUGCUUUUCAGGCAUAAUAAGGAGAAUGUUGUGCACAGGAAAUGUUCCAACACACCCAUCAGACCAAAUUACAGAUAAUUAUUCCAAAACAACCAUACUUGACGACAUGAAGAAGCUAAAGAAAGACGAAAAGAAGCCCGAAAGCCAAGCUCAAUCCGGUGGUGGGCCCAGCAUAAUUGCAAAGCUAAUGGGUUUAGAUUCUCUGCCCGCGGACACAAACUGGGCUCCCAAAGGAAGAACCCCAGAUUCGUUUUCCCGCAGCAGAUCAGUGAACUUCGCAGAUUACUUGUUGAAGUUUGACUUAACCGAUCAAUCUCAUUCUCACCAGCAUCGCCGGGUGAGAACCUCCGUGUCGUUUCGCGAGGUCCCGGCGUCGUUUCGUCAGCAGAACCAAAACCAUGAUUUCCUAGUUGUUUACUUGGAUAAUUCAGAUGAUUCCUCCAAGGAAAUGAAGAAAUCUGAGAUGGGAUUUAGAGAAGAGAAGCAGGGGAAGAGGAAAGAGAAGAGUAUAAAAGAAUACCAGAGCGUGAGAUUGAAGAAGGAGAAUGAGAAGACCAACAACAGGAUUUCGAAGUUAAAGAAUGAGCCGAGAAAGAGAAUUAUGUCAAAGAAUUCGAAGACUUUUAAGCAAAAUGGAACUAAGGUUUUGGGCUCUGUUUUGCCUCGCAAGAAAAAGGAACAGAACAAUGUCGGUGUAAAAUUGAAGGUUUUGAAGCCACAAAACCAGAAGAAAGCACCGGCAAAAUUCGCAAGAAAGCGAGAGAAUCGACAAGUAAGAACGAAGAUUCAGCCAAUCGACAGCAAUCCAGAAAAUCUAAGCCCUGUUUCUGUUCUUGACGAAGUUUAUAAUCUGUACUCAGAGGGACAUUCAAGGGCAGAGAAUCCAUACUUAAAGACGGAACGUGAAUUGAAUGUUUCGUACGAUAAUGAGCUUAAAUUGAGAAGAGUUGUGAAGAAAGACCAUGGGAAAGCAGAGAAUAAAGACAUGGAGGAUUUCACAGAGUUGGCUGAACAACUGCGCAAGUUAGCCGAGGAAGAUUUGAGUCAGACAUAUUGGAUUAGUGCUACUACUAGUACUACUAGAGCAAAGAAUGUGCUAGAUUUUGAAGGCCUUGAAGAUAUCUGCAUGGAAUUUGAGUGGCAUAUUCUUGAUGUGCUAUUACACGAGGUUACUAGUGAAAUUGUUGAAAUUCUUUAGAUUAUUGUUUUUGGUCGCUUGUAACACUUGCUAA